UAUCGAAUUAGAAGACGGUAUUCGAUCAACGAAUUACCCCUUUGUUAUUUGGUAAACUUUUACUAUAUAAUAACGCGAUCAACUUUUACUUAGAAAUCCAGCAGAAUUAUCUCAGCAGCGUUUAAUAUGGAAAUUCCAUCACAAAUAUCGCAUACACGGAGGACCAAACGUCAUAGGAAACCAAAUAAAAUAAAACGUCUUGUACGACGACAGUUGCAGCAACUGAAGAAGGUUAGCCUUCAACUACAAAUUCCGGAGGAAGAAAUUACCAAGGAAAUUUACAAACAAUCGAGAAGAGUUUUCUCGCAGCCUUCUCCUUCUAAAUCUAGUGCAACAGGAUCGCUCUUGUUAACUAUCACCAUCCCAGAUAAAGUAAAAGAAUUAUUUGAACCUGCUUCUAGUUCUCCCACUCACGGAGAACCUAUAGAGCCUCGCUCUCAAGAUCCGUUAAAUCUUGACGAAUCAGAACGGAAUCCUUCAGUAUCAGAAGAACUUUCGCACAUUAUUUAUAGAAAUCAAGAAACAGGUUACAUUAUAGACAGCGCUCUCCCUUCAGAAGAGCUAUGGUCAGAAACACAGAUCUUUUUGGAUAACCCUCCUUUGACUCCUUAGUAUAAAAACCAAUGGAUGGUUAAUAUGCACUUCAAUUAUUAAUAUAAAUAUUGUAUCACAAUUUUGUACUACCUUUUAUUCAAAUGAAUAAAAAUAAAAUGAUUAUUUGAAUCAAUUACAACGAGAAGAUUUCAAGUCAUUUACCUAGAUUCAAUCUGCGCCUAAUCAUAAAUAUAAUUUAUCUGCAACGGUAAUAUAUGCCUCGAACAAGCUCCAGAAAACAUUUUCCUAGUAAAGGCACUAACAGGAAAAGGAGACCACUCCUUUUGAAAUCAACAAUACGCAAUCUUUUGGAUCAACGGAGAAAUCAUACUAACAGAAUAAAACAGAUUGACGACCAAAUAAUAGAAACUUUAAGGUCUGACUAUACUACCCCUGCUCAUGUUUGGUUAGAAAUAAUCCAGAUAGCUCUCCAUAGAUCUUCAGUCGACUUCGAAACCACGCGACUCGAAUAUUCGAACUCGGGACAAGUUCCCAUUGUGAUUGCGCAAAAGGAUAAAUUAAAUCUAAUAGAGUCACUUACGCAAGUAGACUCUCCUCCUACAAAUCUUGUAACUUCUCAAUCUGUUGUGAGUAUAAUUACGGAUAGUUGCGAUUCUCCACAACUUAUUAACCCUCCCUC